UCCUGGUUAGCUUCUUGAAAGCAACCUCGAGUCACUUGAGCAGCGCGUCUUAUUCGCUCUGGUGCAGCUGAGAAACCUGUCUUGGCCGCAAGCGGGUCGCUGUUGUGGCAUGGUGCAAGGAGAAGGGGAAGGGGAAGCUACCUAGUAGCGAGGGCGCCAUCGCCAUCAGAUUGCAGGUAGACUACAGGUUGGAAGUCGGCAUUUCGACCAAGAGACGGUCAGUCUCUGCUAGACGGACAAAGCAGGAAAUGUUGGUGUGACAUGCAGGCCAACGGUUAGUCUGUCGUUCUCAAGUGUCCACAUAAUUGCAGAAAGGGAGGCAGUCUCAUAGCUCAAGUGCUCAGCAGAAGUGUGUGAUUUGCGUUGUCGUCGCCGUCGUCCCAUUUGUCUCUACAAGUCACACACACAGAGAGAGAGAGAGAGAGAGAGAGAGAGAGAGAGAGAGAGAGAGAGAGAGAGAGAGAGGGAGAGAGAGGAUGGCGGAGAAGGGUGACCAUGGAAGUACGGGAAGCUACUCUGGGCCUCCACGAAUGCAGACAGCAGGAUUGCUGUCUGUGUUUUCAGUUCUGUUGGUUAUAGAGGGUGUGACGAGGACAAACUUGUACAUCGACAGAAACUCGGACUGGGACGGAGAUAGCAGAAUAUUUCCAAGAGUUGUUUUGCUCAUUGCGGGCCUGGUUGAAAUCGUUUUCAGUUUCUCAGGCUUGCUUGUGGGACUGGGAGAACUGUUCUUGGAACUCGGCAAUGCCACCUUAACACUCUUCAGCAUGUUCACCAUGCUUAUUGGCUGGUUUACGUACGUCGUGUACACCCUUGCUUACCCAUCGUUCAUCGUCGACAAGGCUAGCAGCGGCUAUGAUCCUCUCACUGAAUCCGAGUAUCGGGGUAUACAAAUCAUGGGAAUCUUUGGAUCUGUGGCCUACUGCGGAGCACUGCAGGGUGGACAAUUUUUCUUCGCCCAUCAGCUGUACCACAUUCAAAUGCGACAGAGCGGAGAAGUGUACACCCGGAGCUACUACAAGGGGCGACUGUAUUGCUACUCUUUCUUCGUGCUUCUUGCCGGUUUGUCACAGCUCGUUGCGGGGUGCAUCGUCAUAGACCGACUGGCCACGGGGGAACUGCAUGUUCCUCAGGUGGCGUCGCCGUAUAUAAUAAUUUACCCUGAGAUGACCAUCACCGUGUCCGUGCUGAUCAUUUGCUAUGGGUUUUUCGGCAUCGCGGCGGCCAUGAACGUCAUUCCGCUGGCGGAGUUCCGUACGAACAUGGCAGGCGCCCUGUUUUCUGCCUUCAUAUUUGUGGCACAGAUUGGAUUCAUGGAUCUGCCGCAGGCCGGUCUGCAGGGGGACAACUACCCCAGCCAUGUUUCUCUGGGGUCUAUGCAGCCCGGCUUGUUGUUGGCCUUGGUGCUCAUGCCUGCCUACCUCAUCUCCAAGCUCAGUGCUAUAGAUCCUGGCGUCGCUCCGGUCUAAGUAAUAGGCAUCUGUUCCUCAACGCGCUCUGCGAUUUUCCUUUCCAAUAAGCCGUCGUAUCAUCUUCAUGUUCUAUUUAUGGGUGAGUUCCAGAAAAGAGCACAUUCGCGGUAAUUUCGCAGUAAUUUCGCAGUGAUUUCGGAGUAAUGUCGCAGUCAUUUCGGAGUAAUUUCGCAGUAAUUUCACAGCAAAAAUAGUGGCGGGGUGACGGUCCAAGUUUCGUUGCAAAAUUACAUUUGCCGCUUUACGAGUCCAGGUCGUUUCAUAGCAGAAAUACUUUUUGCGGUGGUGGGGUCCCACUUCAGGGUAUCGAUCGAGACGCUCCAGCCCAUCGUUGCUUACUACCCUAUUUCUUCUUGAUGCCAACCUAUAUCUUCUUGAUUUCCAACCAAAUCUAACUCAAGGGCUCCUUUUUUUUUCAUUCGUGGUCUUCUAUCAGCUCACGUCAGAAUGGAACGCUGGGAUCGAAACUUUUGCAACGCUCAUUGGCAUCUUCAAGUCUUUCUAGUGUGACGGUGGCCUUCUGGUCCUGGGGGCUUCUAGUGUGUCUGUUUCGCUCUUUUAGAGGACGAAACACCUGUCUCUUAUACACAUCUAGAUGUGUAUAAGAGACAGGUAUUUCUAGUGUGACGGUGGCGUUCUGGUCCUGGGGGCUUCUAGUGUGUCUGUUUCGCUCUUUUAGAGGACGAACACUCUGUCCAACUGGACUCGACUUUUUGUUUUGAGUCUUUUCUCACUUCGUGCAGCAACAAGUUCUUCCUCACUUUUGCGCAUAUUAUGAAGUUAUAAGUUACAAUGCGGGGGCGACAUCGCCGACGUAAGCUUUUUCGUCGCAAAGUGGGGAACUGCUCAUGGAUAUUCUUCUUCUGAGUUCUCACACGUACAUGAUGAUGAGUUAGACCGUAGAAGACCAUUCAUACGAUAUGAUCGAACGUUAUACGCGAGGCUUGUGAGACUCGAACUCGGCGACUCGCCCCUUCUAAUAUUUGAGACGCUCUGAGGGAGCCUUACAGAUGCAUUCUUGGCAUAGUUUGAAUGUAUGAGACGCUCUGAGGGAGCCUCACAGAUGCAUUUGUUGGCAUUGUUUGGAAAACCGGACAUAUGGUCAGUCGCUAGGUGCUCUCCCGCUUAGUGGGAAAGUCGGGACAUAUGGUCAGUCGCUUGGUGCUCUCCCGCUCUUUUGUGGGGAAAGUCGGGUCUUCAUUGUUGCAGCAAUAGCAAAGUAGGCGUCGCCCGGGUAAAGCCCCACCUAAUUUCUCACAAGGAACCAAUAUGGAGAGAGCUUGAAAACUUGUUUGGAAAUGUUGUAUUGCGGGAGUCUCUCCGCUUGCCCUCCCCUUUCCCCUAACAUGUUUUUGAUUGGGACCUGAGUGGUUUGUCUGGAGUGAGAGAGAGAGAGAGAGAGAGAGAGAGAGAGAGAGAGAGAGAGAGAGAUGUUUGCGUGAUCGUAGUCGGCUUGGCAUGAUUCGUGGCACCGGAUGCGUGAUCGUAGUCGGCUUGGCAUGAUUCGUGGCACCGGAUGUCACUUGGUGUGUUAGAAGGGCCUUUUGUGUACUGGGAUGAGCUUCUGCUCGGAACUGGUGAUGAUGAAACUUGGGCGAGUCUUUUUCCGGUACAAUAUAGCCAAGAUAAAUCAAGGUAUCUCGG